AUGGGCCUCAUUCCUGUUUUUGGAAUGCUCAAUUCCCUGGGUGCUAUUGAAUCGUAUAUUUCUAGAAACCAGUUAGUGGACAAAUCGUCGACUGUGGUGUCAUGGAUCUUCUCGAUUUACCUGUCAAUAACUUUCUUGAGCUGCAUCUUCUCUGGCGGCUACUUCGAUAGGAACGGAGGGCGAUUGCCGAUGUGUCUCGGAACGAUAUUUUUUACAGCAGCGAUACUUGCCACAGCUAACUGCGAGAAAGUUUGGCAAUUCGUGCUGGCCUUUUCUGUCCUAGGUGGGAGUGCAUCUGGGAUUCUAAUGACCCCCUUGGUGGGCUGUGUCGCCACAUGGUUCAAUGAAAAACGAGCUAUAGCCACCAGCAUGGCAACCGUCGGAGGGUCUAUCGGGGGUGUUGUUCUCCCUCUAAUGCUCCGCGCGCUAUACUCAUCAGUGGGGUUUCAAUGGGCUCUGCGUGCUCUGGCACUGGUAUGUUUGUGCUGCCUCUCAUGUUCCAUCAUCUUUGCGAAUGAGAGACAAAAGCCUGCUCCCAACCGAUUCCAGAGUAAGUACGAAGGUGCCACUUGGUAUAUCAGAUCUGCGCUCAAUUGGCGCUAUUUUUACGACCUGAAGUUUUUGUUCGCCGCGCUGGGAAUGUGCUUUGCUGAAAACUCGCUAACUGCCUCUUCUACUUUCCUUGCCUCCUACUCGUUAGCACAAGGAAAUUCACAAUCAGUCUCCUAUGCGUUGAUAGCCACUACCAAUGCCAUAAGUAUAUUGGGCCGGUAUAUCCCUGGCUAUUUAGCGGACAAGUACACUGGUAGAUUCAAUAUGGUUAUAAUUACCGUGUCCAUGGCAGCCAUCCUGAACCUGACCUUAUGGCUUCCAUUUGGAGGUAAUAUAAAAGUUCUUUGGGCUUAUUCGCUUCUGUAUGGGUUUUUCACAGGCUCAAUUUUCUCUUUGAUACCUGUCUGCAUCGGCCAAAUAUCAGAUACAGCUGAUUUUGGCAAGCGGUAUGCAUCUGCUUACCUGCUAGUGGCAAUAAUGACCAUUCCGGUAAUUCCUGUCGGAGGUGCGAUCAUUGGCCCAGGUACCACCUCCAGCUACAAAUUCUUCAUACUUUACACUUCCCUCAUGAUGGCGGCAGGAUCGUUAUGCUUUGCGGUAUCUCGAAUCAUUUGCGUGGGUUUCACCAUGCGGGAGUUUUACAAGUUAGACAACCGGUCUAGUGCUGCUUGA